AAGUCAAAAGAAAAGGUUUGAACGAAACACGUCUCAAACAAGGUCUGGUACUAUCCACCCCCUUGCCAUUGGACCGAGUGGCUGCCAAUUCAACACAUUUGGGCGUGUAUUCGCCGACGCUGCUCUUCGCUGGGUGAAGUAUGUUGUGAUUGCAGUCCAGCUCGAGCGUGCGCGGGUCUCUGUCAUAACAAAGGGCGCUCUUUCGCGCUCUGGGAAUACGAGCCUUUUUGGAAAAAAAUAACUAAUCUUGUCCCAACGCUUCUGUAACACUGGUCUCUGUCCUGCAAGAAUCAAAUUAUUGUCAACGAAACAAGAUAGCCAAAACGAAAGAAAAAGGCUGCUCAGCUAACCUGCAGGAGCCACGGGCCGAGAAUGCUGGGUAACUGUCUGGUUAAGCUCCAUGAACUGAAGUGGAAGGGUUCCAGCAAUUACAGGGGGGAUGUAACCUGUGUCAGCAGUGUCUCAUUUAUGUAUUCAGAUUGCGGAUGUCUUCACUUGGGGUGGCGAUCAUAACCAGCUAGUGCCAGUCAUCUAUCCGUGUCAGCUGGCUGAAUCUCUACAGUCAAAUUUGUUGAAAGUUUAAGGAAGUUUGCUGAGGAUUGCAAAACUAAUUGUGAAAAAAUCUGAGGGGGGUUCAACCCCCUGACCCUCCCCCAACUGCACAACCCCUCCCCCUCCGUAUUUAUUGGAUCGGACCCUCUGAAUUCUUCACAUCUGUUGUGAGGAACCAAAGAUCAACUGAGCCAUUUGGUGGUGUAAUCCAUCUGUACUGAUACAGAAAGUGGUGGUGUGCCCGCUGUUGGCCAUGCUGUUCUGGUGAGGUGUGGUGAACCCCUGUCAAAAUGAGGCUGGUGCCCGGGUCGCCUCGGCCCCUCCCCCUUCUGGCGGUGGGCCUGGCUCUAGCCCUCACAGCCCUCUUACCUCACCUGGCCAUGGGAGUCACACCCUUCCCCCAGGACCUGGAGCCAAUCAGCAUUGUGGGGAGAGAACACUCCUACCUGUACCCAAGCUUCCAUGGCCUCAUGUCGGACAACGAUACAGUACGACUGGGCCUGGACUUCCAGAGGAUGCUCCGGAUCAACCACAUGCUCUACAUCGCAGCCAGAGAUCAUGUGUUUGCUAUCAGUCUCAGCGCCUCCUCUGAGCAGAUCCUCCCACAACAGAAAUUGACUUGGAAGACAAAAGAUGUGGAUAAAUGCACAGUGAGGGGGAAGAACAGCGAUGAAUGCUACAACUACAUCAAAGUUCUGGUUCCACGCAACGAUGAGACGCUAUUUGCCUGCGGGACCAACGCUUUUAACCCCACCUGCCGCAACUACAAGAUGUCCACACUGGAACAGGACGGUGAGGAGGUGGUGGGUCAGGCCCGCUGUCCCUUUGAGUCUCGCCAAUCCAACGUCGGCCUCUUCGCUGGUGGUGAUUUCUACUCGGCCACCAUGACAGACUUCCUGGCGAGUGAUGCAGUAAUUUACCGUAGUCUGGGAGAGAGCAGCCCGGUGCUUCGUACCGUGAAGUACGACUCCAAAUGGCUACGAGAGCCUCAUUUCCUCCAUGCCAUUGAGUACGGGAACUACGUGUACUUCUUCUUCAGUGAGAUUGCUGUGGAGUACACCACACUUGGCAAGGUUGUGUUCUCCAGAGUGGCUCGUGUAUGUAAGAACGACAAUGGAGGUUCUCCCAGGGUUCUAGAGCGUUACUGGACGUCGUUCCUCAAAGCGCGGCUCAACUGCUCGGUGCCGGGCGAUUCCUUCUUCUACUUUGACGUUCUGCAGUCGCUGACCAACGUGCUGCAGAUCAAUCACAGACCAGCCGUGCUGGGGGUCUUCACUACACAGGCCAACAGUAUCACAGGCUCAGCAGUAUGUGCAUUCUACAUGGAUGACAUUGAGAAGGCCUUCAAUGGGAAGUUCAAGGAGCAGAGGAACAGUGAGUCAACCUGGACGCCCGUGCCUGAGGAGCAGGUACCCAAACCCAGACCAGGCUGCUGUGCCGGCGACGGCUCUGCCGCUGCCUACAAGUCGUCCACGACCUUCCCCGACGACACCCUGACCUUCAUCAAGAACCAUCCCCUGAUGGACGAGGCGGUUCCCUCCGUCAACCACCGGCCCUACUUCACACGCACAACCAGCAGGUUCAAGUUGACCCAGCUAGCAGUGGAUACGUCAGCUGGGCCCUAUAAGAACCACACGGUGCUGUUCCUGGGGAGCGAGGACGGCAGGGUACUAAAGAUCCUGGCCAGCACCCAUCUCAACGCCUCCUUCAGCACACAGCUACUGGAGGACAUCGAUGUCUACAACCCCACCAAAUGUAACAUCCGCGGAGAGGACAGACGGGUUCUGGGAUUGGAGCUGGACAGGGAACAUCACGCCCUGUUUGUGGCCUUCUCCAGCUGUGUGAUCCGAGUACCUCUGAGCCGCUGCAACGACUAUGGCUCCUGCAAGGAGAGCUGUCUGUCCUCGAGGGACCCUUACUGCGUGUGGCAGAGGACGGGGAGCUGUGCUACGGUGGUGCCCGGAUUCAGGGGCGGAUAUGAGCAGGAUGUGGAGAACGGCUACCCUCACUACCCAGAUAGCUGCCACGACGUCCUGGCGACCACACGCAAGCAAAACACUCUUGCUGAUUCAGCAUAUGGGAAGACUACACCCACAACAACCGCCAGCACAACCAAUCAGGUGGCCCCAUUCCCAAAGGUGGCAGGUGACUCUGAAAGAGGUACAGGUCCAGAUGGCAGUCCUCCAGUCCCAGUUGGGGACCAGGGGUCACCUGACUCGGAACCAAUCAGUGUGGAGAUGGAGGGUGUCCGACGGCCUCCCGAGAUGGAGAAGACCAACCACAGUGUCCACUACACCCUGCUGAUCGCCUGUGUGCUGGUGGCCUUUGUCCUUGGAGCCUUCCUCUCAGGCUUUCUGGUCUCCUGCUACUGCAACCACACCGGCAGCAAGACCAAGAGGCUGGCCAAGGACCCGGAGGCCCCCAUCCCUCACGCCCUGUCCCUACGCAGCCUGGCCAAGCUCAAUGGCCUGCUGGACAGCCAGAACAAGGAGGAUAAAAUGGAGGUGUCCUCGCCCAAGCUCUACAACUCCUUCUUCCAGAACGGGAAGGAGCAUCGUCAAGGAGCACCCAGACGGAACGGUGGUCACCACCCAGGGAUGACCAUGGGAGACCUGGUUCACCCCCAUCACCUACACCACUCUUCGGAGCUCUCUGGUCUUCCCACCCCAGACUCCACCCCUGAACUGCCCAUCAAGAACAUGAAGGCUUUCAAGAACCAGUGGGAGAAGAACCAGAACUGCAACAAUGCCAAGGAGCCCAAGUCCCACAACAUGGGACAAGGUUCCAGGCCCAGCUCAGGCCUGCUCCACCAGCAGAUCUACCCCUACUCUCACAGCUUUUCCAAUGGGCAAGCUCUGGCCAAUGGGCAUGCCUUGGUCGGUGGACCCCAGCACCUGGAGGAGCGCAAGAUCCACAAUACUGAGCGCAUGUUGGUCCAGCAGCCUUACCCCUGCUACCCGCAGAAGGUGAUGGAGGUCACAUCGCUGGACGAGCUGCUCAAACACAUCCACGAGGCCAACUCCAGCAAGAACACCCAGGUCAUGACUUCAUCCGGCCUGUCAGCCAGCGGCGGGUGCCAUGGGAGUCAACUAGCUUUUGCCAACCGCAUCCAGCCACACAUCCCAGAGACCGAGUCGGCGCCUUACUACAGCUCGUCCACCCUGCCCCGAGACAGCCUGACCCGCCGCAUGGACGUACCUCCGGACAUGCCCCCUCACCACCAGUCCACCCUGGAGCGGAGGCACUCUUCCCAGAGACACUCACUGAUUACCGCUGCCACUAAGAUUGCCAACGGAGGGGGUGGUGGAGGGAUGGUUCACCGACAGCAAAGCUUCAGCCAGCGUAGCGGCCACCAGCACCAACCACCCCCUAUGCUGGCUCGAAUGAACUCCACCGGCAGCACCUGCGAGAUCCACUACCCGCUCAUCCCCAAUGGGUACCUGACACGCCAGCAGAGCUACAAUGGAGAGCAACAGGAGGAUACCGGAGGAUACCUCCACCGAGGGGCCAUAGUCCGCCGGACCACCUCCCUCAAACCCGACGUCCCUCCCAAACCCCUCUUCAUCCCUGCCUCCUCUCCUGUCAACCAACAGGGAAACUUCAACUACUGAGGGGAGGAGGAGAACAGGACAAGAGUGACUGUGCCUCGUCCUCUCCUCUCAAUGGGUGAAAAGUGGAAGACGUGCCCUUGAUUUUAUGGCAGCCAUUCUCGCUGUCAACAAACCUCAAACAAACUUGUGAUUUCCCCCUUUUUGUCCAAUUUAAUAUCUUUGUACCAUAUUGGUAUUGCUCAACUACUUGCUUAUAGAAGGUGAGGGACGAUGGUUGGUGAAACGCGACCCCCUUACAUUAUGCUGCCAAUGUCCUCAGUGUGGAUUUACCAUGCAACUUAGUUAUGGAAGGGUUUGCCAUCAAACAUCGGACAUCGUAGAUUGAAUCUAGAGCUUCUUGCGAUGCCUAUGAAACUUGCUUUUGCUUACCUUUUCUUAUGUAGUGUUGACAAACAGUCCUGAUCCCCCUAACGUGUUUCUAUAUAUGCAUGUGUGUGUAUAUAUAUGUGUGUUUUAUAUCUACACCGUAUAUGUAUACAUAUACAUAUGCAGUAUAUGUAUCCUGUGGAGCGACAUCAACAAAACUCCUUUUAAAGGUAGCUCUGUCUUUUUGCCUUACUUUGAAACUGAACCCAUUAUGUUGAAAUACAUUACUGGUUGGUGUUUGGCAUCUCAAAUAGAAGUUCUCGAAAUGAGGCAAGGCCCCGCCUGUCCCUGUUUCAGCAUGGUUAGUAUGUGGACUAGGAGAAUAAGUAAUCAUUUACCAUAUUAACAAGUUCAUGGUGAAUGUACUACUCGCAUUCAAAAAAAAGAGCCAAUAUGGUGGAUACUGACAAGCAAAGGAAACUACUCAAAGUAACUAUGCUAGGCGGUUCUCUUUUUUGGAAAAUGGAGACCCUACUAUCCUGCCAAGUCCUGAGAAACAGAUGAAAGGCAUUAAUACAGCUGGUCUAUGAAGUACAGUCUACUACAAUUCCUAAAGAAUGUUUUUAUCACAUUGGUGCUUAGUUGAUCCUCGUAAAUUCUAAUAUAAUUAUCAUGUAUCACACCCAAAGAGGACCAGACACUCAACCCCCAAAGAAUCAGGAUCAAGAUCAGACCAUCCAACCCCCAAAAAACACAACAUGGUACAGACAGCAGUUAUUAUAAUUAUUAACUUUGGCUAUUAGUUGUAAAUAAAGGAAUAAUACUAGCCAAAUGUUAAUUGUAUGUGUAAAUGUGUGCCUUAUUUAAUAUAGUAUGUGGUAUGGGGUAGGGGUAAAUGCAAAGCGCCAAGAUGCUAUAUAAUAGGUGUUAGAUUUUUUUUUUUUUGUUAUGGUCGUUCGGAAUGUGUCAUAUCUAUUGUAGAUUUGUAUUUCUAACUAGGGUUUUUGAUAUCCCUGAAUUGUGAGCCUGCCAGCCCUGGCAUAGCGACUACCACA